CAGGCGACGCGCCCUUUAGGUGUGUGUUAUGUUCGGCCGCUUUUAAGAUCAAUUCAGAUCUGAAGAGACAUAUGAAGAUUCAUACGGGAGAGAAGCCAUACGCCUGCGAUCAAUGCUCAUACAAGUCGGCCAUCAAAGGCAAUCUCCAAAUGCAUUACAAACUCAAUCAUUCGGGUGAAAGUCAAAUGCAAUGCAAUGAAUGCCAAUUCGUGGCCACUUCUAAGAAGGCUCUCAAAGAGCACGUCAGAGAUCACAACUUGAAGUCCUUGUCCUGCGAUCACUGCAACUACACGACUGGUUCCCGUUCAGCGCUCAACAAUCACAUCAGAACCCACACCAAUGAGAAGCCCUUCCAGUGCACAGUCUGUGACUAUGCCUGUCGUCAGGCCUGUAAUCUGAGCACUCAUAUGAAGAAAAAGCACCCGAACUCU